AUGGAUUUUGUUAUGGGUCUUCUGAAGACCUUGGGCAAGUUUGAUUCAGUUUGGGUUAUUAUUGAUCGGUCAGCUCAUUUCAUUCCAGCUCAUGUCACUUACACUGCAGAGAAGUUAGCCAGGAUUUACAUUCGUAAGAUUAUGCGAUUGCAUGGGGUCCGUAUUUCUAUUAUUUUGGAUCGAGGUCCCCAGUUUACUUCCAAUUUCUUGAGGGCUUUUCAGCCAGAGUUGGGUACUCACUUGGACCUUAGUAUAACUUUUCAUCCCCAUACUGAUGGUCAGUCUGAGAGGACUAUCCUGGCUCGAGGAUAUGUUGAGAGCAUAUUUCUUGAGAGAGUCCGUGGACAGGGUAAAGCUUAUUCAGGAAAAGCUUCUAGCAGCCCAGAGUUGACAAAAGAUGUUUGCGGACUGGAAGGUUCGGGGAGUUUAUGGUGGGCAAGCAGGAAGAGGGGCAAGUUGAACCCUUGGUACCUUUGCCCAUUUGAGGUUCUCUGUCAAGUUGGAGAUGUUGCUUAUGAGUUGGCUUUGUCACCGGGCCUGUCAGGUGUUCAUCCGGGUUUUCAUGCAUCCAUGCUAAAGAAGUAUCAUUCUGAUGGUUCUUAUAUAGCUCAUUGCGAUUCUGUGUUGCUUGAUGAGAAACUGUCUUACAAGGAUGAGCCUAUAGCAUUUCUGGAUAGGCAGGUUAGGAAGCUGAGGUCGAAAGAGACUGCUUCGGUAAAGGUUCAAUGGAAGCAUCAUCCUAUUCAGGAGGCUACUUGGGAGACUGAGUCCGAUAUGCGCUAG